GGCGCUGGCAGCCACCACCGUCGAGCCCCUCGUUGACCGCCGCCUGGUGCUCCGGCCCGGUCACAUGUGCGGCACGCAGGGCAGGUACAAACCCGGCAGCGCCUACGAGGCCAACCUACGGCGGCUCGCCACCACCGUUGCCGCCGAGGUGAACGCCAGCCCCUGCAACUGCUCCGAUAAUAAUAUGGACACCGGAGCAGGCAGCCGCCAAUGGCGACCCUGAUGCUGGUCAAAGUCGCGGUCCACGCGCGCCACUUGCGACUUGUGAGUUGCUUGCUACUAGGCAUCCAGCUUCAGCUCCAUGGGCAUGACUCCAUCACCGCCGUCACCAGUCACCACAACAUGAAGAAUCCCUGGCUCCUGUCCCUCGCCCCGCUUCUCCUAGUCCUAGCCGUGUCCUCAUCGCUGCCUCUCACCGCCGCCGUGUCGCAGCGGCGGCUGAGUUUCCCUGCCGCACGGCUGUCGCCUGUAGUGGAGUGCGUCGGCGACGGCGUCUACGCUGCUAACAGCACCUACGAAGCCAACCUCCGUCGCGUCGCCGCGCUCCUCCUAUCCGAGGUAUCCGCCACGCCCGGCCACUCUUACAGUUACAGGACCCGUGCCGUCGGGUACUGGCCGAACCGCUUGAUGGCCAGCUCCUUUUGCUGGAGCCGCCGCCGCCGCGACGUUAACGACACCGGCGGCUUUGGCUACCCCUGCGCCGACUGCAUCGCCGGGGCCUUCCUCGAGGUGGAGAGAGCGUGCCCGUACCGCAGGGAAGGCUUCUUUUCCAAUCGAAACUGCACUCUUGAACUUGCCGAGAUCAGCAUCUUCGGGACUGGUGGCAUGUUCGGGAACAUACUGAAACAAGUCAUGGCUCCGGGAUUGGUACUUCAAGCAAUUGGAUUUGGUUGGCUUUUCUUCUUGCUAUUUCAGGAAUGGCGCAGCCGGAAAAGAGGCACUUCGAUGAAUUCCACCCCUCUUUUAUCUGGAGAUUAAAAUGUUGGCAACACAAUUUUGAGCUCCAGCCUUUACUAAGGCAUAUACAACAGUAAAUGGAUGCAUGAAGGGAUCGGAUUUUCUCUCAGGGGAAUGAAUACUUCCUCUCCACAUUGUAGGACUUCAAUUUGAUCGUUUCAAACCCGCUCCAAUGUUCAUUUCACCUACGCUGAUGUUUUCCCUAUAGAAUUUCAUCCCCACUUGUCCUUAUAUCAAAAUAUAUAUGUAUGUGAAUACAAAACCCCAAACUUGCCACGAUUGAGCAAUACUCAUGAAUCAUCGUAUGAGUAAGAAUGUGAUCAAUUUGGUCGACUAUUCAUUCUCACUUGCAAGAUGAAAACAGAAUUACAUAUUUGUUUUAUCCUUGAAACAUUAUGGAGCUCUAGAAAAACAUACCUCAGUGCUUGAAUCAUAUGAGUGUGUGCCAAAAGACGAUCAGAGUUAUGUGGUCAAUGUCGUUGCCGGCCGGCUCCACUAUCCUGAUUCUAACAGUGUUUUUUUCUCACAACAAAUCAGUAGACAGUACUUUCAGCCAUGACUUAUCAGUCAAACAAUGACAGUUGACAGGUGUACGAAGCUGCCUGGUAGGCUGGUACUACAACGUCUCGUGCAGAUGUCAACAGUCAAAGUCGUCGUCCACGGAUACCACAUGCUAUUGCUACAGCCUACACCCAGCGGUGGCCAGCUCCUCUCCUCGUGCUUCUCCUCUCACCCACCCUCCUCUAGUAGUUUAGUUGCCAUUCGCCAUCACACCCCGGUCACCACUGAGCAUCAUGGAGAAUCUCUCCCUCCUUUCCUUGGUCGUCCUCCUGGCCGGCUCGCCCCUCGCCGCCGCCGCGUGGUCGGAGUCGGAGUCGGUCGUCGCAUGCGGUGGGAGGAGCGGCAGUAGUAGCUACGUGGCUAACAGCACCUACGAAGCCAACCUCCGGCACCUCGCCGCCGUCCUCCCGGCCGAGACCGAGGCCUCGCACUAUCACAGGGUGGACCGUGCCAUCGGGUACUGGCCUAACCGGGUGCAGGCCAGCGCGAGCUGCUGGACCUGGACCGACGCCGACGGUGACUGCGCCACCUGCAUCGCCGAGGCCUUCAAGGAGGUGGAGCGCGUCUGCCCGUUCCGCAGAGAGGCCACCUUCUCCGGUAUCGACUGCUAUCUCCGUCUUGCCGAGUUCCGUAUCUUCAGCAUCGAGGUCUUCGGAAACACAAUGGUACAAGCCUUGGUUAUGGGGAUGAUAUUUCAAGCAUUGGGGAUAGCAUGUCUCUUCUUCUUGUUCAUACAGGCUUGGCGGCAUGACCCUAAAAAAGGCAACAUGAAAAAGAAACAUUGUGAUGAGGAAUCUGUCCUUGGCUAUGGUAUUUCAAGCAAUUGGAUUCGCAUGGCUUUUCUUCUUGCUUCUGCAGGACUCACGUAAUAACAGGAAAAGAUGCUCUGAAAUGUAAGCAUUUUGAACUGUGCAAGUCCUAUGUUCGCUAAAGUUGGCAACAGUGUGGAACAAAAUACAUUGUAAUCAUAUAAUGUUGUGUCCAAAUAAUUUAAAAUCUAUGUUUUUAUAGAACACUUUGUACAUUAGCAUUUUAAGCGAUUUCUAACAAUAUGGUUCUGACAAGCUUUCUAGCUCUCUUCCAUCAGGAAACGAUGAGUAACACUAUAGCAUUGUCAGGCGUUCGAGGUGUCUGCCAUCUGGAGACAAGUAACCAUUCAGCACAUUCACAAUUUUCAGCAGCUCCUAGUUUCAAUGAAUAUUCAGACAUCCACUUAGAUCCACGUAAAACUAAUUCCAACAUAAAUUUCUCCAAUGUUGGUAUUGAGUUCUGCUUGGGGAUAUGUAACCAUGAUACCAUGAUACUUAUGCUGAUUUUGUGAGAGGAAAUUGCAUGUUCGUUUUACUGAAAUUUUAGCUUAUGCUGAUUUAUUA